AUGGCCAUGUCGACUUCUGGGACUCUGAGCAAUUAUUUUGUGGACUCUUUCAUAAUUCACGAGGGGGACGACCUGGUGCAGUCUAGAUAUGGCUCUGGCUCUCUGGCUCAGCCACCAAGGCAGGCAGCCCUGGGAGAGAACACCCCGAAUACACUCCGUGCAGCUUCCAAUCUAAAACGUCAGUGUUUAGCAGCCCAUGGAACCCAGUGCACCCUCAGACUGCCAAUAACGUGUCCAGUGUCUACCACCCCUAUGUGCACCAUCAAGCACCCAUUACAGCUUCAGAUGGCAGGUAUAUGCGAUCCUGGCUGGAUCCCAUGCCAGGAUCAUUGUCUUUCCCAGGCUUACCAUCCAGCAGACACUACGGUAUUAAACCUGAGCCGCUUUCCAGCAGGAGGGGGGAUUGCACCACGUUUGAGGCUCACACUCUGUCUUUGUCUGAUUAUGCCUGUGGCUCUCCGGCUGACAGGGAAAAGCAAAGUAACGACGGUGGGUUUGCUGCCAGUAGUGGAGAAAGCCUUACCAAUGGAGAGAAGCCUCCCAUUGACCCAAACAACCCAGCAGCUAAUUGGCUGCAUGCAAGAUCCACCAGGAAAAAACGCUGCCCUUACACCAAGCACCAGACCCUGGAACUGGAAAAGGAGUUUUUAUUUAAUAUGUACCUCACAAGGGACAGGAGGUAUGAGGUGGCCAGACUCCUCAAUCUUACAGAGAGACAAGUUAAAAUUUGGUUCCAGAACAGAAGAAUGAAAAUGAAAAAAAAUUAACAAGGACCGAUCAAAGGACGAGUAA